CCCUUUGGGGUUCAGGUGACUGAGUGUGGGAAGCCUUUGUCAGAGGGUAAAAGUUGCAUACCCCUGGGCUGUAGGCUGCACACCUUGGGUCAAAUAUUAGGUUCUGUAGCUGUGCAUUUUAUCGAAACAAUUCUGUUCUACAAUGGUUCUUUUCCUUAGCUCAGGGUUGUUUUGCCUAUUGAUGGCAGCUGUGGGCAUACAAGCACAACAGACACCUUCUAUAAAUGACCUCCAUGCUGAAUGCCUUGGUAACGUUAUUCGUUUGAGUGUCGCUCCUCUUUUUGAAGAGGUUGCUACUGUCUUCAAUGACACACACAUCAUAAACCUGACGCCUGGCCUUGCUACUCAGUGUGGAUUCAGCUUUAAAUUUGACCCCAUGGGGAAUGCCAUGUUUUUUGCUUCUCUUCAAAACUGCUUUUCCCAAAACAUGGAUGAUAAGAUGUUCAGCUUGGUCAUGCAGUUCAGGCUGCCAGGAAACCACAUGACCGAAGACCCUGUGUAUAGAGUGGGCAAAACCUGUAGCUACACCCCCUGGACCUCCCGAGAGAUUCUGUGCGACCGCAACUACAUGGAGGUGUCUGUCAGAAGGACUCUUCCAGACAUCCAAACCGUCCCCGAACAGCCCACUGGGGGCCCGAAAGCAAGGAGCGCCAACUUCCGGAGAGGAGCUGAGGCUGUUGCUUCAGGAUACAAAAUGACAGCAGUCGUCUUUAGUCCUAGCAAGAAGGUCAUGAAUGUGGAUGAGGUCCAAAGAAAGGGCUAUGCGAUAGCCAACACUCCCACACGGCUGGUGUUAAGAAGCCCCCAUAAUGCAGAGGAAACAUACCUCCAGAAUGUAGCUGGGGUUCCGAUGCGGGUGCUCUCAACCUCAACCUUCUUUGAGCAGAAGUGGCUGGUUACUCGAGUAGAUGCCACGGCUGUUUGUCCAACACCAGAGGCAGUGGUCUUUACUCCAGAAGUGAUCACCUGGUACAUGCCCAAGCACAUAGACCCACUUUUCUCCUCUGAUGCCUUCACUAUGUUGGAGGUGUACAUGGGAAUUGACGCUAAGAGGCUGGACACUGAGGAAAUGGCUGCCAGAAACUACUCGGUUUUAGUCACGGAGGCUCAUAUUAUUGUUGAAAUUCCGGUGGGGGCUGUUGGCGGCUAUUUCAAGGUCAGCGUUGGAUGAGUAAAAUGUUCCUGU